AUGAGCACUUCACCGGAAGAGCAUAGGGACGCUCUCAGCGAUGCGCGAGCCAUCAUGUCCGGUUCCCCAGCCAGAUCGCCAGAAGAUUCGAGUGGCGCUGUGACGAGCGCCGAGUGCACCACCCCGUCAGCACCAGCAGACAGGCCACCAAAGGGAAAGAAACGAGUCGGCUUCAGCGGUGCGGAUUCGGGCUCUGGUCAGCGAUCGAGUCUCGUAGAUGCCUCCAACGACGGAUCGCGUUCGCCCGGUAAUAACAGUCCGCCAUUCUCGAGUCCCAACUAUGAUUCACCUGGUGGCAGCGGAAGCAACACGCCAUCGACCGGGCAUCACACGCGGCAUGGGAGCGGAGACUUAUUGCUCCCAGCCACAGACAAGUCACAUUUACCAGAACUGUCUCAGCAACAGACGGAACAGCUUAGAGGCGCUAUCAGUCGCAGCUUGGAUGUGCCGCGCCCGAGGCCUGCAAUUCGACGGGGCAACUCGACGGGUCGGUUCGAAGAGCCAAUCUAUGAAAGCCCCGAAGAUGGAGGACAGCGAGAGCGAAGUGCUAGAAUCGCCCACGAGAGAGGCAAGUUGCAUGCCGAGCGCAUGGCUAGCUCUGCACCGGGCUCGAGAUCGUCGUCGCCUCAAAGAAUACCCAGCAUCCUCUCCGAUGGUAUACCGUUGCGAGAGUUGAAUGAUCCAGAUUCUGGGGAUGAGGACGUCAUUCCAUCUCACACAAAACAGCGGAAAUCGCAGGUUGAAGCAGCCAAUCUCGUGAGAAGACACACCGCUGCCCAGAAUGUGUUCCACAGCAAGGCUUCCCCGACUGGGUACAUCACUCCUGGCACACGCUCGGGGGCAGUCACUCCGACCGAGGAGCAGCAUUUCAUGGAGGACUACAGACCGAAGCCACAGCAGUACCGUGGUGGUAUCCUGGGUUCCAUCCUGAAGCUGUACAAUGAAGGCAGUGCGCAUGCCCGCUCGCCCUCGGGCAUGCCAAAAGCCCAUUUCAAACAUACUAGCGGCGACUACAGCGCGAUGUCCAGUCCGGCGACUCCGCCGCCCGACUCCGGGGCAACGACGCCCAUAGGCGGACGCCCUUCCAGCUGGUACCCUCACUUUGCGUACAAGAGCAAGAACUCCUCGAGCGGCUCUCUCAAUACGCUCGUAGGGACGUCGUCAUCUUUCGGAUCCCCCGUGGUCUCUGGACUGGGGGAGCAGGUCAGUCAGAGGCUGAAGGAGCAGCAGGAACUGAAGCGGCCGGGCGCGGGCAAGCGCACUCGGAGCGGCAACAUGAUCAAUGCUGCACUGCAACGCCUUGGCCACCCCCGAGAGCAGACCAAGUUCAAAAUCGAAACUCACAUCGCCGGCGUUUUGGCACGGCAGAAGUAUUUGCUGAGAUUGUGCAAGGCACUGAUGCAGUAUGGCGCUCCCACUCAUCGGCUUGAGGAAUACAUGACGAUGAGCGCCAGGGUGCUCGAGAUUGAUGCGCAGUUCCUCUAUAUUCCGGGAGCAAUGAUAGUGUCAUUCGAGGACAGAGAAACCCACACAAGCGAAGUGAAGCUGGUCAAGGUUGCUCACGGGUUAGACCUGGGCAAGCUUCGAGACGUGCACGAGAUCUACAAGGAGGUCAUCCACGACAAGCUGGAUGUCGAAGACGCCCACGCACGCCUGAAGGAGGUGACUUCUCGAAAGGUUAAGCACAAUCGAUGGAUUAGAUUGCCGGUCUAUGGCCUGGCAGCGGCCUGUGUGGGGCCUUUUGCUUUCGGUGCGCGCUUGAUCGAUAUCCCGAUUGCCUUUCUCUUGGGUUGCAUUCUGGGUUGGCUGCAACUUUGGGUCGCCCCAGCUUCAGAAUUGUAUGCCAACGUGUUCGAAAUCUCGGCGGCCGUCAUCACAUCCUUCCUGGCGAGAGCGUUUGGGAGCAUUCCUUACAACGGCGGACGCCUGUUUUGUUUCUCGGCCCUGGCGCAGUCAUCCAUUGCGCUCAUCUUGCCCGGCUAUGCGGUCCUUUGCGCAUCUCUGGAAUUGCAAUCCCGCUCGAUCGUGGCGGGCAGCGUUCGCAUGGUGUACGCGAUCAUAUACUCGCUCUUCCUGGGGUUUGGAAUAACGAUUGGUACCGCCGUCUACGGCAUCAUUGACAAGAAUGCCACUUCCCGGACUACGUGCGACGACUCGAUCCCGGAAUACUGGUUCUUCUUCUUUGUGCCCGGCUUUACCAUGUGCUUGAUCGUCAUCAACCAGGCCAAGUGGAAGCAGGCGCCGGUCAUGAUGCUCAUCGCCUUUGUCGGCUACGUAGUCAACUACUUCUCGGCCAAGCGCUUCGCCGGGAAUACCCAAAUCAGCAACACCCUUGGAGCAUUGGCCAUUGGCGUCCUGGCGAACUUGUACUCUCGCAUCGGUGGUCGGCUCGAGAAUCGCGGCUGGGACAUCUGGGAAGGAAGGCUCCGUCCUCGCUGGAAAGCUUUCCGGAAACGGGUAUUUGGCACGCAGAGUCGGGUUCACAGUGCUAAGAGCCUGGAGGAAGGCAGCGCCAUGAACGAUGUGAGCGACGCGGCCAGCUACAAGCCUGCUGUGCGACGCGUGGGGUAUGGUCUUGCCGCUGCCGCCAUGUUGCCUGCCAUUUUCGUACAGGUCCCUAGUGGAUUGGCUGUCAAUGGAUCGCUGGUCUCGGGAAUUGCCUCUGCGGACCAGAUUACUGGCAACAGCACCAAUGGUACGACAGUUGUCAACAGCACCUCCAUCGGGACAGCAAUGGAGGGAUCGAACAGUAUUGCGUUCACGGUUGGCUAUUCCGUUGUUCAAGUGGCGAUUGGGAUUACGGUUGGGUUAUUCUUGAGCGCCAUUGUCGUUUAUCCUUUUGGAAAGAGACGGUCUGGAUUGUUCAGUUUCUAA